UAUAAAUGUUCGCGCUGGCCACACUUGGUCCUCCGGGGGUCCAUGCGUGUUGUCGCUCUACUGCUGCUCAGGUUCCAUGGAUUUGGAGGUCGUCGCAGCCGCCGCCUCGUUCACGAAUAUGGCAGGAAUCAGGAGUCAAUCACAUCCAAGGGAGAGAAUCCAAGACAACUGAGUUGAGGCUACCUUACCACUCACCUUCAGAGUAAAGCAAGGUGGGCUCUGGCCCAGAGCUGUGAUUGGCCUAAGCCGGACAAUGCCACUGUGAUGUCGGUCCACAUGUGCUAUGAAAUGGAGGCUUCGGAGGCCUUGCUCUCAGUGGAGCUGCCGUGCAGACACAGAUCAUGAGUGGUGGGUACGAUCUCAACCUCUUUGCCAGCCCUCCUGACUGCAACUUCCUGUGUUCUGUCUGCCAUGGGGUUCUCAAGAGGCCAAUGAGGUUGCCAUGCGGUCACAUCUUCUGCAAAAAGUGCAUCUUCCAGUGGCUAGCCAGACAAAACACCUGUCCGUGCUGUAGAAAAGAGGUGAAAAGGAGAAAAAUGGUCCAAGUGAAUAAACUCCGGAAAACCAUUGGCCGCCUACAAGUCAAGUGCAAGAACGCUGCAGCUGGGUGCCUGGUGACCUGCCCCCUGGCUCAUCGCAGAGGGCACCAGGACUCGUGCCCCUUCGAGCUGAUGGCCUGCCCCAAUGAGGGCUGCACUGCGCGGGUUCUGCGCGGGGUCCUCGAUGAGCACCGCCAGCACUGCCAGCAGGGUGGACAGCAGCGCUGCCCCUUAGGCUGUGGGGCCACUCUGGCUGCCUCGGACGGUGAGCAGCACAACUGCUACCGUGAGCUACGGGACGCUUGGGUCCAGCGCCAUGAACGCAACCGGACCCUGCUGCUGAGCCUGCUGGGGCGUGUGCGCCGGGUGCACCGCACGACCGACCUCAUCCGCCGGCAGCUGGCCCAGCUGGGCAACUUCCUGGAGGAUGACAACCUGCUCCUGAGCGCCCGGGCCCAGGAGACUGAGCUUGCCCCGGAGGCUGAGAUGUGGGGUGCGCAGGGUCAAAAUGUCUUAUAGAGUUAAAUAAACGCUGAGCCCAGGCCUGGCCCACCUCACACCACAUGUCCUCUGUGCCCUCCGUGUCCUCUGUUGUCCUUGUCACC